AUGGUAAGGGAGCAAUGGUUCUCCCUCACAAUCAAAGAAGAGCAGCUAACUCGACGAGCUGGUAUCGACCGAUGGCUGACGGGUCUCCAUGAGGGUGGGAUAGACAACUCGGAUGAUGUUCGUCCAAGUAACCGCUCUGAAGAGCUAGAAACCCCCAAUAAUAACUGCUAG